AUGUUGAUAAAUACUCAGGUAUUGAGUCGCACCGACAUCCCAUACAUACGCGGUAUACCAGAGAUACCAGGUGCUCUGCCAAUUACAGGUCACCUCACCCAGCUCGGCGACGACCAUGCGACAGUGUGCGAGAAGUGGUGGCGGCUGUAUGGCAACUCGGUCUUCCAGAUUCAACUUGGCAACACGCGCGCUGUAAUUGUCAACUCCUUUGAAGACUGCAAGAAGAUCCUGGUCUCGAACUCGCAAGGCCUGAUUGAUCGGCCGAAACUGUACACCUUCCAUGGCUUGAUCUCAUCGACACAAGGAUUCACUAUCGGAAGCUCACCAUGGGACGAGAGCUGUCGUAACAAGCGCAAGGCCGCAUCAACUACCUUGAGUAAAGGCAUGAUGAAGAGCUACUACGACAUGUUCGACCUGGAAUCCUACUGCAUUGCCCGAGAUCUCUGUCGGGACAGCAAUAGUGGGGAGGUCGAAGUCAGCAUCCGACCCUACAUCCAGCGCUACGCUCUUAACACAACCCUCACAUUAUGCUAUGGCAUCCGCAUGGACGCCGUCUACGAUGAUCUUCUCCGCGAGAUCCUCGAAGUUGGAUCAGCUAUUUCGCUCCUCCGCUCCGCUUCGGAGAACUAUCAAGACUACGUCCCCAUUCUGCGAUACCUGCCCAACAACGAAAAGAACCGGCGCUCGAAAGAACUACGCGAGCGAAGAGACAAAUACCUCAACGAGCUUCUAGACAAGGUUCGCGAGAUGAUCAAGAACGGAACCGAGAAACCAUGUAUAAGCGCCGCCAUCCUUAAAGACGAAGAAACCCGCCUUACAGGUGUCGAAGUGAGUUCGAUCUGCCUGUCUCUCGUCUCCGGCGGGUUCGAAACCAUACCUGGCACGUUAGUCUCCUGCAUCGGUUCUCUGUCUACACCCGAAGGCCAGAUCUACCAAGAACACGCUUAUGCCGAGAUACGCAAGAUGUACCCGGACGAUGCAGCGCUGAAGCAAGCGUGGGCAACAGACUUUGAGAAGGAAACUGUGCCCUAUCUGAACGCGAUUGUGAAAGAAGCGGGACGAUACUACACAGUCAGUAACAUGAGUCUACCGCGUAAGACGAUGAGCGAGGUCAGGUGGGGCGAUGCGGUCAUACCGAAGGGGACGAUGGUCUUGAUCAACGCUCAAGCUGGAAAUCACGACACAGACUACUUCGGUCCCACGGCCGCAACCUUCAACCCCGAACGCUGGCUCAUACCCCCAACUACCCCAUCUUCCCUCCACACACCGACUCCCCACGCGAACCCCCCUCACCUCUCCUUUGGCGCUGGCUCCCGAUCUUGCCCCGGCGCUUUGAUAGCAAGCAAACUCAUCUACGCUGCGCUGUUUCGCUUGCUCAGCCUGUAUAGGAUUGAGGCCAGUGUGACGAAUCCGCCGAAUACUGAUUACGUGGAUUAUAAUGCUAUCAAGAGUGCGCUGGUGGCUAUACCGAGGGACUUUGGCGUUAGGCUUGUUCCGAGGGAUGGGGAGAUGGUGAAGGCGGUGCUGGAGGAGGGGAGGGUGAGGACCGCGGAGUUGUAUAAGGAGUAA